CUCUGGUCCCCAGCGAUACCCUGGGACCCAGGCUGACCAUCAGGAAGCUGUACUAACUGGGUUGUGUGGCUCUCCGGGUCACCAUGACGGGAAGCAGGAGAGCUGCCGGGCCACAGCCUGGCCCAGGUGCGCUGGCCUGGGAGUGACGCUCAGCACUUCCAUUUGCAAGCCAGUCACCUGGCCCCGUGGCUGCAAGGGGCUGGGGAGCGGGCGCUAUCACGCGGUCAUUCCAGGGGCAGUGCUUGUCUCCACCACGGUCACCCAACUUUAAAAGUGAGCUACAGCCUGUAAAAACCCAGAUUUCUGGCUUCUCAUGAAACACCAGAAAAGCUGCCCCGCCGGAAGAAGAAUAUGUCCCCAAGCCCCCAUAGAGUCCACUGACCAGUGUCCCUCAGCCAAGUCACGUCCCUGGCCCCUAGAGACUUUGACAUGAUUUAUUCCGGCUGUGUAUACACAACUCUGGGAAAGUUGACUUCGGUGGACCUCAUGAGGCUUUCUGUGCUCAUUCAAUAAUUUAACAGCCAUUUAUGGAUCUCCGCAGCAUCCAGUCUUGUGAUCUGUGCUGGAAACAAGCGGUGAGGCGUAAAAGUAACAUCUCUGCCACGCCAGGCUCCUGCUCUUCUGGGAGAGUCACAGCGAGAGGCGGGUCCUGUGACGGAGAGCGGGGCUCAGGAGCUGGCCCAGAGAGGAUCUGAUGGCUGGAGGAGGGGCCUGGUCUGGGCAGGGCUUCCUGGACAGCUAAGGGUAGGGUCUAGGAUGAGGAUGAUGCUGGAUGCUGAGAGAGAGUGGCCAUAGAAACCCAAAGGGAGGACACAGCCUCGAACCCACCAGGGGACCGGAGAGCCGCUCAGGCAGGCUGGAGCGCAGAGCAGGAAGUAGGGAGGGGUGAGAGCGAGGCAUGAGGAAAAAAAGCUCCUCGGGCCAUUUCUGGGUCAAUCCAGCCCUUCCCAUUAUGAGCUUGCUUUAAACAAGACAGUUGGGUCACGGACCCAACAGAAGCAGUGUUGACCGAGAAACUCAGCCUUGCCCCGGGCUGAAGCCAGCUUCUGUGUUGGUAGCAUUUAAGGAAGUACCCGGAGAGAGAAGCUGGCAGAUCACUGUUUCCACAGGAGAGCCGAAAUGCUGAGGAACUGAAACCCUAUUUCGAAAUAGGCCAAGGAGAAGGCCGCUGGAGGCCCCCAGCUCCAGGCCCCACGGCGCCGAUGCCCCCCAGCUGGGCGCCUGCCCCGUCUGCGGGCCCGUUUGCCACAUGCCAGACCAAGGCAGAGGGGAGGCGUUUCCGGGAUGAUCCUGAUGUCACCAGGCAGCUCACCACCCUCAGAUCAUUCCCCGUCUCCAUGCCUACCAUGUGUCCCCUGCCUCCAGCAUCGGCGCUCAGGGCUGAUGUGGCUGCAAGAAGGCUGGCUCUUCCUGUGUGUGGGAGGAUCGAGCCAGCAGGGAGACGGUGUGCUGGGCUAGUCGGGACCAACGCCCGGGGCUCUGUGCAGUGAGGCCCUGCACGCGGCAGCCGUGGAGCAGGCCCUGAGCCCCACAGUGGCCCUGGCGCAAACUCAGGUCAGGAAGGUGUGGCUGAACCAGGCUGUGUGAACAGACGUGGAGUGUUGUUUUUGAGAAGAAGCCGAAGGAGCUCCAUGAUGUGAAAGACAUGCUGUGUGCCCUCCCAGGUAGCUUCCAAGUCUGCAGACAAGAGGAGAAGAUGAAGGAAGAUUGUCCCCCCAGCUCCCAUGUGCCCAUCAGCGACAGCAAGUCCAUUCUGAAGUCAGAGCUCCUAAGCCUGCUGAAAACCUACAACUGCUACCACGAGGGCAGGAGCUCCCAGCUGAGGCACAGGGAGGAGGAAGGGGCUCUGAUCAUCGAGGGGCUCCUCAACAUUUCCUGGGGACUGAAGCGGCCCAUCCGGCUCCAGAUACAGGAUGACAGGGAGCGCGUGCACCUCUCCUGGACACCCGGACAGUCCAGCUGCCAUCUGAAGGAGCCACCUGCUCAAGAUGGCAGAGUCACUGCCCAGGAACCCAGCGCUCAGGCUGGGCCCCAGGAGGAGAGCUCCAGAGGCAGAUCAGAGCCAGCGGAGGAGGACGAGGAGACCCCCCAGCUGAUGCGGACCAAGAGCGACGCAGCCUGUGUGAUCCAGAGGCGGCCCAGGAGCCGAGCGCCCGGUGAGGCCCAGAGGAUCCGGCGGCACCGCUUCUCCAUCAACGGGCACUUUUACAACCACAAGACCUCCGUGUUCACUCCCGCCUAUGGGUCCACGACCAACGUGAGAGUCAACAGCACCAUGACGACCCUCCAGGUGCUCACUCUGCUGCUGAACAAGUUCCGAGUGGAAAACAGCCCCAGUGAGUUUGCCCUCUACAUCGUUCACGAGUCUGGGGAGCGUACAAAGUUAAAAGACUGUGAGUACCCACUGAUUUCCAGAAUCCUGCAUGGGCCCUGUGAGAAGAUCGCCAGGAUAUUCCUGAUGGAAGCUGACUUGGGCGAGGAGGUCCCCCACGAUGUCGCUCAGUACAUUAAGUUUGAAAUGCCGGUGCUGGACAGUUUUGUUGAGAAAUUAAAAGAAGAGGAGGAAAGAGAAAUAAGCAAACUGACCGUGAAGUUCCAAGCCCUGCGUCUGACAAUGUUACAGCGCCUGGAGCAGCUGGUGGAAGCCAAGUAGCCCAGUAGCACCUGCCCCUUCCGAAGCCACCAGCAGCCACUGCACACUGACAGCCAGUGGCCAGGCCCCGGUUGGUCACACAGAUUGGUCGCAAGGCCGAGGGAUCUGGCGUCUGUGCCCCUGCCUAUCCACCCUCCAGGCAGCCUGAGUCCCACGGCCCUGGCGCGUGGCUCCAAGCUGAGCACUCACGGGGCCCAGUCCUAAGCCUGAGGACCCAGGAGCUUGCUGGGUGGGGUCUGCAUGUGAGAUGGGCCUGGGCUGCGAGCAGCCCUGGAGCUGUGACAUGAGCCGAGUUAAGGAACUAGAUAACAUGGCCGGCCCUGUUCAUGCCACACCUCUCCAACUCAGGGGAGCAGAACAGUCUUGCUUCUAGAGUGUGGGCUCCACCUGCUUCCCCAGUGCCUGGCCCAGAGUCACUGCAGAACCACAAGCCAUUAUCCUCAUCAAACACGUGAGCCACUAGACCCUGUCCACCCUCGCCUCAUGCCGCCGCUCAGAAACUCUGCUGGGAAGAGCAGGAACUGCCAGCGGGUAUGGGAUGUGCAGUGCUCCCAGCUGUCACUUCACCGUGGCGUGCCAGGUAGCGCUUCUGAUGUCGCUCCAUGAGCCUCGCAUAGCUCAGUGCCCUGCCGGCAGAGGUCAGACCGAGAAUAAGAGCACCAGCAGCCCGUCUCUCAGCGGCACUCACUCUGAACUUCCCUGGCAGCACCUGAAGGGACUCUUAUAAGGAGCUCGCUGAAAGAAGCAUGUCAACUGUAUCACAUUGAGGAGGUGACCCACAUGACCCCGAAAGGAUGCCUGCAGGGUGGGUGAGAGGCCAGGAGCUGUCUAGGGACUGCCGGCAGUGGCUUGGGAAGGCCACGCCUCGCCCGUCACUGCGCUCCUCGGACACUUGUGUGCCUCCUGCCCUCUCUGGGUGUGCAUCAGUACUUCCCAUCAAAGGCCACCACCGGGAAAAACUGUUUGAGGAGAAAGGGCUUGGAAUCCCCUGGGGCCAAAUCCAGAACAAUUUGGGUCUGCCAGUUGAUGGAAAAAUUCUAGAAUGAAUAAGAAGGCCUUUGCAAGAAUUAUGCAACAGUUUACAGCAGUCAUGUGAGAUGUUUGUACAAAACAGAGCAAAUGAGACCAGAUUCUCCCCAUGGGGCCCAUGGAUUGUGGAUUUAAAGGGAAAAACUAUAAAGUCUCCUGAAGCCAGAAAGUCAGCAUGAGUGAGACUCCAACUCUGCCUCAGUCAGCAGCUCCUCACUGGCGCCCAUAAAGAACAGAGCGUGGGAGCAGCUACGCCAUUCGAGCCCACUGUUCAGGGUGAGCCCCACACCAGGACUGCUCCCACCUGGCGCCCUGCUCCCAGAGGCAGGUGCAAGGAUGCCCCCGGGAGGCCGCCGCCGUUCCCGUCUCCUUUGUCCGCAGGGUUUCCUAGGUUCUCAAUAAAGGUGUUGCCAUGUGCAACCAAA